CCCCCGGCGCCCGGCUGAGGAGCCGCCGUUUCCGGAGUACACAGAGCGGGGCUGCUGGCCGUGCUGUGCCGCGAGGGGGUGACUGGUCGAGGCAGGCAGUUCUUAAUGAAGAGAGCAGCGCUAUGUUGAGGAGGAGCAAGAAGCUUUUUUGUAAUGAAAAAUGAGGAAUGCUUGUGAGGAAAUGACCUAGAGGCCUUACAAAUACAUUUGUGCAUUCUUGCUGCAGACUCUACAAUUGAAGGCAAACUCAAUCUGGAAGCACCACUUAUUAAUAUUACAUUGGAAACAACUACCUCAUCAUACAGAAGAAAAAGAGAAGGCUUGCAAUAAUAAACACCCUAAUUUUUAAUAACUUGUACUUGCAAAGUCUUCAGAAAACAAAACAGAUUUUUUUGUUCAGUAUUAAGAAGAGAGACUACAAACAAACUGAUCUGACAGACUGGAUCUGUCAAGACAUGGAAGAUAUUUGAUCUGCUGACAUUAUUAAGGACUUUGUUUUUCAAGGAAAGAGUCUCUGCACUGCUUUUACAAUCACUGUUGAUCGGUGGUUUUGUUCCACUUUUCCUGGUAUUACGAGUUGGAAAGCUCCAUUAAGGUAUUACUCCUAAAAGAAUAUUUACGUUUUAUGAACUUUAACAUCAGAUGUCAACAAGUGCUGGCAAGGAAAUUAUAGGAGUUAGCUUUCUUCCCUUCAUAGUGCAUCUUAUGUACAUAGUGGGACUACUAAAUGAGAGAGAUUUGUUUUGUUUUGUUUUGAGAUACUUCAGCUUGCUUUUUGAGUUCACUUUGUAACUGCAGCAGGGCUGCACUGAACACUGAAAAUACUAAGUCAGCAAAUCUGCUGCCUUUUUCACUGCUGAUACAGAUUAUACAGACGCCUGCCCUUUUGAAAUGCCUUUUAUGAAGCAUAUGUACACAGUCCUCCACUGUUACUAUACAUAACUACAUUUCUGAGGAAGGAAUUUGACAACAGAUUGCUAAUCCAAGGAAUUUUUGAACAACUACUCACUUAUGUAUUGCUGUAGUGCACAGGAAAGUAAAAUGGACUAUAAGCGGCGCUUUUUGCUUGGCGGGUCCAAGCAAAAAGUGCAGCAACACCAGCAGUAUCAAAUGCCUGAGCUAAGCAGGACCUUGAGCGCACCGUUGGCAUCUACUACCCCGUCUUCCCCUUUGGUCUCCUCAGCUGCUGCAGGCAGCUGCAACCACCCUGUGUCCCAUACUACUCCAAUUGCAGACAUCCAGCAGGGAAUCUCCAAAUAUCUGGAUGCACUCAAUGUGUUUUGCCGUGCAAGCACUUUCCUUACAGACCUUUUCAGCAGUGUAUUUAGGAACUCACACUAUUCAAAGGCAGCUAUGCAACUGAAAGACGUGCAGGAACAUGUCAUGGAAGCAGCGAGUCGACUCACGGCAGCAAUAAAACCAGAAAUAGCAAAAAUGCUGAUGGAGCUGAGUGCUGGAGCUGCAAACUUCAAAGAUCAAAAGGAAUUCAGCCUACAGGACAUUGAGUUACUUGGACGAUGUUUCUUGACAGUGAUGCAGGUUCACUUUCAGUUUUUGUCACAAGCUUUGCAGAAGGUCCAACCGGUGGCACACUCUUGUUUUGCUGAAGCUGUAGCUCAGGAAAGGAAGAAUGCUAGUGGGGUGGGAACCUCCAAUUUGAGCCCCACAACUGAGCUAGAAGAUGCAGUACGAUCAUGGAGAGGAGCUGCAGAGGCCACAUCUCGGCUGAGAGAAAGAGGCUGUGAUGGGUGUUUGGCUGGAAUUGAGGUUCAGCAACUCUUCUGCUCACAAAGUGUGGCAAUCCCUGAGCACCAGCUGAAAGAACUGAAUAUGAAAAUUGACAGUGCUUUGCAGGCAUAUAAAAUCGCUUUAGAGAGUUUGGGCCAUUGUGAAUAUGCAAUGAAGGCUGGCUUCCACUUGAAUCCAAAAGCUAUUGAAGCAAGUUUGCAGGGCUGCUGUUGUGAAGCUGAAGCCCAACAAACAGGAAGGAGACAGACUCCACCUCAGCCAAUUCAGUGUGAACUCCCCACUGUACCUGUUCAGAUAGGAUCCCAUUUUCUAAAAGGAAUAUCCUUUAAUGAGUCUGCAGCAGAAAACCUGAAGCUGAAAACGCACACAAUGCUACAACUGAUCAAAGAAGCUGGUUGCCAUAAUGGACUUACACUCCGGGAUGACUCUCCUGUCACUGAAGUACUAAAUCAGGUUUGCCCUUCUACUUGGCGGGGAGCGUGCAAGACUGCUGUACAGUUAUUAUUUGGCCAAGCUGGAUUGGUGGUUGUGGACACAGCGCAGAUUGAAAAUAAAGAAGCAUAUGCUCCUCAAAUUAGUUUAGAAGGAUCCAGAAUUGUGGUGCAAGUCCCAUCAACUUGGUGUCUGAAGGAAGAUCCAGCAACAAUGUCUUUACUGCAGAGGAGUCUGGAUCCAGAGAAGACUUUGGGACUUGUAGAUGUGCUCUAUACUGCUGUGUUUGACAUAAACAGGUGGAAGGAAGGAAGGGAGCAAGCUUUGCCCUGUAUUCAGAUCCAGUUACAGCGUGAGAUCUGUGACUUCGGGAAUCAAGUUGACAUGCCAUCUGGAAAUGGAAGCAAGUCAUCGGGAGGCCUGCAAAAGACUUUCUCAAAACUGACUUCACGGUUUACAAAGAAAACUUCCUGCACCAGUUCAAGUAACAGUGGAAGUUACUCUAUCCCCAGUACGCCUUCCAAAAAUGUCUUCAUAGGUAGCAACACAGAGGAGAAAAUUAAAAUGCCCAGUAACAUAGACACACGAUUACAAAGUAUUUUGAACAUUGGUAAUUUCCCUAGGACUAUAGAUCCAUUACAACCAACUCAGAGCACAAGUAACCAAAUAGUCAAUGGAUUUCUUGUUGAAAGGUGUGAUAAUUUCUUUAAAGCAGAUGAUGGCAAGGAUGAUAAAGGUAUGAAUUUACCAACUGACCAGGAAAUGCAGGAGGUUAUAGAUUUCUUGUCUGGUUUUAAUAUGGGCAAAUCCCAGCAGACUUCUCCAUUGGUGAAAAGAAGGAACUCUGUUGCAUCUUCUGCAGCAACAGAACAAAAAUCAGGAGCAGUGCAACAACCACAGUCUAUGUCUCAUGCAUCUCUGCAUCCUUCUCAGCAAGGGUUGUCACAGCAACAGCAGUCACAAAAGCAGCAGCAGCAGCAAAUGCAGUAUUAUCAACAUCUUCUCCAACCAAUUGGAGUGCAGCAACAGCGUGUAUCCAGCAAAUGGGCGAAUAAUUCUUCACAGCAGUCAGCACAAGCAGUUGGGGCUGGAUUGUCUCAUAUUAGUCAGUGGAACAAUCCUGGCUUCUCAGAUCUGAGCUCUGAUUUAUAUAGCUUGGGUCUUGUGAGCAGCUAUAUGGACAGUAUGGUGUCUGAGAUGUUAGGACAGAAACCACAAGGACCUAGAAACAACACAUGGCCAAACCGUGACCAGAAUGAUGGAGUCUUUGGGAUGUUGGGAGAAAUUCUGCCUUUUGAUCCUGCAGUUGGCUCUGAUCCAGAGUUUGCCCGCUAUGUAGCCGGGGUCAGUCAGGCUAUGCAACAAAAAAGGCAAGCACAGCACAUCCGUCGCCCAAGCAACACACGUAGCAACUGGCCUCUUCCUGAUGAUCCUCACAGAACCUGGCCUUUUCCGGAGUAUUUCACAGAAGGUGAUGUGACAAACAGCUGGUCUGGUAAUCAAGGAGACUCCGCCAGCUCAAGUGAUGAGACCUCCUCAGCUAAUGGAGACAGUUUGUUUUCCAUGUUCUCAGGGCCAGACCUUGUUGCUGCCGUCAAGCAAAGGAGAAAACACAGUAGUGGUGAACAGGAACAUAGCACACUACCAUCGCCACCUCUUCUUUCCACUGUAGAUGAUUUUAAUCAGGAUAAUAAAACCAAAACCUGGCCUCCUAAGGCCCCUUGGCAGCAUUCUUCAUCCGUUUCAAACACACUACCCAAUCAGAAUACAUCUUUGUAUCAGAUGAGUAAUCCAGUCAGUCAGUGGAAUGACACAAUGCAGAUUUUACAGUCACCAGUUUGGUCUACAGCCAGUGACUGUGCACCAUCUACAGGUAUUGCCUCCAAUUUUGCCUAUGCUCAGCGACAACACUCACCACAGCAGCAGACAUCCCAACACAAACAGCUGAAUAAGGGCUUUAAAUCUUUUCCAGUAAAGCACGAACGCAGACCAUCUUACCUGCAUCAAUACUAACUGCUUUUUUAUAUUGGAAAGAUGCCUCGUAGGGCCAAACAGUCUUAUAAAUUAUGUAUAUUAUCUUUGUUUCCUCUUUGUGUAUUGGCAGUGUUCUGGUUAUUUUAUUAUAUGUGGAGUGAAAACUUUAUGGUGAUGUACAUAGGUUUUAAAUUGUUUUACAGUGCUGAGCAAACAGACAAUAUAUUUGUUAAAUGUAUAUGAAACAGCCCAAAACUGUGAGGCAAAACACUUUUAAAAUGUGUAUAUUACCUUUACUUUUCAGACCCCUUUUUUAAAAAACAUUGCUAAGAUUACCAUGCAAGACACUGUAUUUUAUAGCUAUUUUCAUAUAGAUUUAUAGUUAAACAUCUGCUAAAAUGCAUUGACUUUUUAAGCAAAUAUAGUGGUUGCUUUUGCUCAACACUGUUUUUGUUUAGAUUUAUAAUGGACAAGUUGUAGUCUUUGUAUUCUAAGUAAACAGCCUGUGACAACUUUUUUUUUAGUGAAGUGGGGCAGCAGCUUUUAACAUGCCAUGCAAGUGGGUUUGUUACAGCAGUGUUGCAAAAACCAUUGCAAAAUUAAGUUUUGCAGUCAUUUCAUUAAUGUAAAUAUCGAGCAGCUGGAAUCACUCAAACUUGCGUUUCAAAUUUUCUUGGCUGCCAAAGGUAGAUGGUAUGGUAUCUGUGUGAAUGACGAUACUGAUUUUCAAAUACACAAUUUGAUACUUCUACUUUUGGCUAAAGGCAUUACCCCCACAGUGCUCCUUAAAUGAGUGACACUAUAGCUAAGACUACUUGCAUAUAUUUAAAGUCUUAUUUGAGAUGCUGCAGUUAGAGUAAAAAUUGUGAGCUGGCUCAGAAGAGAAACUAGAAUUAAAAUGUGAGUAGCAGAUACUUAAAAGUAUAUUAUGUGCCAUUACAAAGUUUAACCUGUGGAACUUGGAAUAACCUUCCAACCAAAGUGGAUCCAGCAGUGUGUGACUGGUGCUUAAAUUGGAGGGGGGUGGGAAGUAAAUAUAUAUGUACAGUUAUCCCAUUGUAUAUUAAUUGAAGUUACAGAAGAUUCUUUAUAUAGUUAAAGCUUAUUUAAAAUUUUCAUAUUUCAUCUUUAAAAGAGUAAUUAAAUAAUAUUUUCUGGUAUAAAGUUUUGACAGUAUUAAUCUUAUUUUUAUAUUUUCUUAAAUCAUUAUACCAUUCUAAUAUGUUAACUACUAGUAAAGUGGUGUUUUAGUUCUAACUACAUAUAAAAAUUUUUCUGCAAAGAUAAAAGUACAUUUAUGUUCCCAUUUUUCUACAAACUAAGUACAUCUAUAUCUAAAGAUACCAAAAAAAUAAAAAUAAAAAUAUAUAUAUAUAUAACAUAUACAACACUAAUACUAUUAAACAUUUGGGUGUUUAAAACCCAUUCACUCCUUUUGUUUGUAUGGUGAUGGGCUGUAGUUGCAGGCCCAGAAUGUUAUCUUUUGUGCUGUUUAAGGAUGCCAAUGUUGCCUGUAUUUGAUAUACUGUCACCAUGUUUUCUGAAAAUUCGUACUUACCAUGUUUACAGAGAAUUGUUUGCUGUACAAAGACUUUUUACAGUAAUGUGCUUUGCACAAUCAGCGUGGCUUUUGUCUGUAAAUUGUUAAUGUUCUGUACUAUUUUACUUUUGAAAACCCUCUGCUGAAAGUACUAGUCGUUAUUUAGCUUGACAAAUGGUUUGAAGUUUCCAAAAGCUUGACAAUAUUUGAUCCUAAAUUUGUUUGUAUUUAUGUCCCAUGAUUAUUCAUACUAAAACCAAAAUGCAAAUUAAGUUUAUUUAUAACUUUGAACUUUUUCCUAACCAGUGCCAAAACUGUUGUUGCAGUUUUUGUAAUUUACUGUUAAUUACAAAAUUGAAAGUUUCUAAACUUAAUCCAAGUGAAUUGUGGAAACAAAAUUGAAACCAUUUCUGUGUCUGCAUUUUGACCAUGUAGGUGCUAUGUCCUGUGCUGCCGAUUGUUCUGAACACUGGUAAUUUUUAACAUUGUUGCACUUGGCAAACAAGUCUUGCCAUAAAAUCUGUUUAUCAUUUACACUGCCAAGUGCAAGGGUUUGGUGCUUAGUUAACUUACCCUUAUUGCAGUGUUUCUUGUGAAUAGCUAAUGCUUCUGAACUGGAACUGAACAUUUUGUAUUUUACUUUUAAAGCGCCUGAAAGUAAAAGCUAUUUGCAUUAUUAAAGAUAUACAUUUAAUAAUAGGUCAUACCUGUUUGAAAUAUGCUCCUGACUGAAAAUGAACAGCGCCUUAAGAUGUAACUUAAAUUUGUAAAUGAAAAGAUAUUAAGGAAUAUUAAUACAAAAAAUUGUCUACUUAACGACUUUUUAAAUGCGUUGUCUGCAUAGUAGAAUCUGAUAUCAAAUUUCCCCAUAAUCCUUAUUUUAGGGCUACUUUACCCCUAGAAUGGAAUGUAUAGCACCACUAUUAAUGCUCCUUCAUUGGCAGUUAAUAAUACAUACUAUUGCUUUUCAGCAACUUUCCUUCUUGACACCUCAUACCCAUAUUUAGCUUUUGGUGAUGAACAUUUUGCACUUGCAACUAAGUCACUUUCCUUAUGUACUGUUCACAGAUCUAUGAAUGGCUAAUAACCUUUGCUUUUGGACAAAGCUAUGGGGUGGUGCCAUUCCAUUUAAGUUACUCUAACUGUGUGACUGGAAUACAAAAAUCUGAAAUGUGCAAAUGCAAAAGCCUGUUACCUGUAUCUUUUUGCCAACAACAAAAUACCUGUGCACGACAACUCAUUCUAAGGAGAAAAGCUGCUAAAAAUCAAGUAGUCUUUACACUGAUAUCAAAGGAAUGAAUUCAGAUGCUUGUUACCAGAUUUUAUUACAAAAUAUCUAACACAUUUUCGAGCAAGUUAAAGUAAUACUUUAGACAUUACUGAAAUGAGUAUUCCCUUAUAAAAUAUUUAAAUGGAGAUAUAAAACUCAUUUGUUUAGUGUUUUCCAUAAAUAGAUAGCUACAUACUAUUUCUGAAAAAGUUUAAAUUACUUAUUUCCUUAAUUAAUCUGUUUUGAAGACAAAAGUCAGCUGUUUCUUUUGUUGGAAAAUUAGCAGCCUCUCAGAAUAUUUGAUUAAACUUUCAUGUUUGGGAGGAAACCAACUACUCAAGCCAGUUCCAUACUUUGAAAUCGCAUUUAGAUUUGUCUGCAAGUAGGUUUCCUCUAACUCACUUGUUGCAUGAGUAGUGUUUCAUACUAAUCCCAAAAGUGCUUUUGCUUACUAGGAAGAGCUUUAGUUCAAUCUGCAUAGUAUCAUAUUGUAAUCGGAUGUGCAGCCAGAUACCCUGUAUUGCAUCUGACAAAUUCCUAACCCUGCAUUUUUGCCAUCUUGGGAGUCUUGCAAAAAUAAGAUUUUUACAAUUUAAAGAAAAUAUUUUCACUAAUUAUAAGUAAAAUUAUUGAAACAGGUGGAUACUUAUAAAAUUUAUGAUGUAGCAAACAGCAUUAUCCAUAAUGCUCAAUCUUGUAGAUUAAACAGUUAAUUAGAGCCAAGUGUCAGUUGUACUGCCAACUGAGAUCCAAGUCUGAAUCCCCUUCCAGGAUACCUGGCCCAUGAAGACAUUCUCAGAGGGGAAGAUGGGAUGCACUGGGAAGCAAUAAAUGUCUUCUGAUUUCUGCAGUGCCCAUCUAUUCGCAAAGCAAGUCAAGUACAAUUAUACCAGUUUUACUGUGGAAUUUGUAAAUUCACAAACUUAGACAAAUGAGAAAUGAGUUGUAGACACAUUUGGUUUAACCAGGAGGAGGCAGGAAUGGCAAACUUAAACUGUUUGCUUUUCUUUCAGGCCACUAACAACAAUUCUCUAAAGUGAGUAUUGCAACUAGAUGCAUUCUUGAGAACUACAGUAUGCCUUAGAAACCUGUGACAAGUGAGUGGAAGAGGGACAGGACACUAAGGGAGACUUAAGCUACAGUCCUCCCCAACCAAACAGCCAUGCUGACUAUCUCAUUCUCUGGGCUACCUUUAGAUGAUG